AAAAAAAGCAUAGGCGAAACUUGGAUUGACAUAUCAUUGUUAGCAAAACCGCUCCAAUCUAGAACCAGAUACCAUGGCUGCAUCACAGAGCGACUUAUCUCAGCCCUACAUUCCCGUAGUUGGUCAUGCCACUGGUGGCUACUCAAAGGAAGACGAAGCGACAGCGACUUGCUACUGCGGCACUGUUCAAUUGGCAUUUCCCACCUCGAAACCAGGACUUGGACCUCGAUUUGUCUGCCACUGCCUUGACUGCCGCAAAGUCACCGCAACCAUGUUCGCGUCCAACUUCACAAUAGUAGACCCCUACCUACGGCACAUCCGGGGCCGUGAGGCAUUGAAGCAAUGGACACAAUCGCGUACCAUCACCACAGGCAACUCCAUGACCAACUACUUCUGCGGCAACUGCGGCUCACUCAUGUACCGCGCGAGCAGCGGGUUUCCGGGCAAGUACUUUUUGCGCCUGGGUCAAGUCGACGACUUCCACCUGCACGAGACGAAGCUGCGGCCGCAGCUGGAGCAGUUUGUCGAGGGGCGCGUCGGGUGGCUGAAGCCGAUCGAAGGCCUCAAGCAGGUCAAUGGGCUGCAAACAGCUGCUGAUGUGGAAGGGUUGCCUUGAGAGAUUAUUUGGGGGAAGAGAAAGAAGAUCGAGAGGGGAGGAUUCACGAUUUGAGAGUAGCAUUGGUCGAUGGCCUGAAUCGCUUUAGCGCCAAAAAAAGGAAUGUGAAAAUCGAUGUGAGAAAUGUACAUGACAGUUAGCGGUGCAUUGGGACGACAUUGGGGGCCGCUGCUACAGGAGUCACUAGAUCGGACGUCGCAUGGCUUAGCUUCCUCUCCUGAAGAUCGAU